AUGUUGCGUCUUCUGUAUAUCGCGCUGUCUCUUUUCUUAUGCCUUCAGCUCGCUGCUGCAGAUCCUACCUCUCCGCGAGUUUCUAGUCACUCCGAGUCACUAGUGACUAAGUCUCUACUAUCAGCUCUCUUGGUGCGGCGAGGGAAGUUCAUCGCUCGAGCAAGCGUCUGUCCUGUUGGAGACGAGCAAUGCAAUGACGCCACCUGCUGUGCAUCCGGCACCUUCUGCUGCAAUGACUCUCUCGGGGGAUGCUGCCCGACUGGAUCUACGUGCAUAGCGAAUCUUUAUGAAUGUUCCAGUGUAGGCUCCGGUGGUGGUGGCGCAAGCGGUGGAGGUAGUGUCACGACGGACACUCCCACUCCCACUCCUACUCCACUUCUACUGCAACUGUGCUGCCCGGAACCUCUUCUACCGGCAGUGGUAUAA